UUUCAAAUCUCGAUUGGUACCGUCGGUGUUCCACUGCGCGGGAGUAGAGCCUACUGCUUGUCGAAGGGUACGCUGGCUGUGUGCUGCUUGCUAACGACUAGUGCUAAUUCCGGUCUAAACGCAUCAGAAGGAGAAAGCAUGGCACGAGAUUUCAGACCUGGAGACUUAAUCUUUGCAAAGAUGAAGGGUUAUCCCCAUUGGCCAGCCAGGAUUGAUGAAGUUCCAGAUGGGGCUGUGAAACCGUCCAAUAUCAAAUUCCCCAUCUUCUUCUUCGGCACCCAUGAAACGGCAUUCCUUGGUCCCAAAGACAUAUUCCCAUACUUGCCCAACAAAGACAAGUAUGGAAAACCUAACAAGAGGAAAGGGUUCAAUGAAGGCCUGUGGGAGAUUGAUAACAACCCGAAGGUGGAGCUGGGUGGAGAGAAGCAGAUGAUGUCAGCUGAGUCGGCGGAAGACAAAGACUCGGACAGCAGCCCUGAGGGAGACGAGGAGGAAGAGGAUGGGGAGCGGGGGAGGAAGGCCACGGUGUCUGGCAGUGAAGCGGGUCAGGAAGAGGAGGAGGAUGAUGAUGAUGAGGAGGAGGAAGGGGAGAUGGAGGUAUCAGGGCAGGGGCCCCUGUUGGAGGAAGAAUCGACAGACACAUCGAAACCAAAAAGAGGGCGAAAGAAAAAGAGUGAAACAGAGCAAGACUCAGAGAGAGAUGAGGCUGCCGCCAGUCCUACGUCAAGUCCACCUGGUGGAGACACACCUGUGCCUAAGCGGCGUGGCAGGAAGCCCAAAGCAGAGAAGAUGCUCCUCCUGCAGCAGGCAUCACAUGACCCCCACGGCUCAGGCAGUGACAUGGAGACUACUGCCGAUUCAGAGCGAAAGAGGAAGCGAGGAUCAGACGACAAGAGCAAACACCAGGAUGAAGACGAGAGGAGGGCGGACGGCAGGAAGAGAAAGGACGAGACGAAGAAGGAGCCGGAGGCCAAGAGGAAGAGGAACGCCAAAGAUGGGAGCUCCUCGGACUCUGAGGAUGAGGAGAAGAGCAGUGGACCAGGCAGGAAGCGCAACCCACUGAAAGCCCAGCAGAAUACGACAGAGUCCGACAAGGACGAGCGCCGGCGCAAGGGAGACGACACCAAAGAAUUAGGUAAAGAAGACGGAAAGAAGGAUGAGCGGAAAGGAGACCGAAGGAAAGAAAUGUCCACGGAGCACCGUCUACAAAGGUUGCAUGGAGAGAUCAAGAUCUCUUUGAAGAUAGACAACCCUGAUGUGAAGAAGUGCCUGGUUGCGUUGGACGAGCUGGGCUCUCUACACGUCAGCACCCAGCACCUUCAGAAGCACAGUGAGCUGAUCGCCACGCUUAAAAAGAUCCGGCGGUUUAAGGCCAGCCAGGACAUCAUGGACAAGGCCACCAUGCUGUACAACAAGUUCAAGACCAUGUUCCUGGUGGGCGAGGGGGACUCCGUGCUGAGCCAGGUGCUCAACAAGUCUCUGGCCGAGCAGAAGCAGUACGAGGAGGCCAAGAAAGGAGCGCUGAAGAAGGCCGAGCAGGCCAAGGAGCAGAGCGCCGAGGGGCAGGUUGCCAAUGGAGAGUCCAGUCCAGAGGUGAAGCAGCAAGAGCCUGAGCAGAACAAAGCCGCUGAAGAGAGCCAAGCUGUGGAGAACAGUGCGCCAGUAGCCCAGCAGGAGUCCAGCUGAGACCAACGGCCUCUGUUGUGAUGAAGAGGAAGCGCUGGCCUGCAGGCACCGGUCACACUCCAGCACACAGUCUCCACUGGGACCACAGCACAUCUCCUCAGAGACGAGUCCAACAGGGAUUCAUCCUCAGCAGCGUGCGUUUGCACACCUCUCAAGUUGCCAGACAAAAAAAUAACACAUAAAGAUUGAGUAUUGAGUUAUCUGACAAAUUUGCCCCCAUGUUUAAGGAAUUGGACUUCCAACAGUGAUGGUUGACCUUUUUGUUACACUGAAAGUGCUCUGAAGUUUAACAGUUUAAAGCUCACUCAAAGGUUACGCACAUAUCUUUUCUUCUUUGUGCCUUUUUGUUUUGUUGAAAAAGUGGCAAAACCAGGGCAACCGUGCCAUAGUAGUGGCUCAGUUUGGACCAUUUGGCAGAUGUUGUAAGUUUUGAAAUGAAAUGCAUUGCUGGCAUUCCUUUGCCACCACCUUUGGUCACUAGAUAUUUCAAAUGUACUUCACUUACCGUGAUGUCCAACCUGCUCUAUGCAGCCAGUUAGUUGUAAGUGGUUUAGUGAAGUAGUCGGGAUGGUGGUGUCCCUGUCUGCGGGUCAUCCGUUGUUGUAGUCGUCCCUAGCGUAGGUGUACAUAUUUGUUGAAGUACUCUCUAAGUGAACACAGUUUUGUCUCAGAAGUGCUACUAGGUAGACGUGCCAAAGUUCACCUUACCAAGGAACUGCUUAUGUCUUCAUUCGAAUUGUCUGUUUUUAUAGCUUAUUCAUUUUACUGGCGUUCAUGUACUGUAAAUAAGAGUAUUUUUGUGCCUGUCUUAAAAAACUUUAACUGUUUUGUUCUCACUAAUAAAGCAGUGGUUACA